CAUUCGACGGUUAUUAUUCAAAAUUUGAUCAUUUUUAUUUCAUAGUAGUAUUACUAUUUUGCUCUCUUGUUAGUAAGUUGUGUGUGAAUGUAAAUAGUUUCUUACUUAAUCCUGGUGGAAUCAUCUGUCUUACUGACUUAUUAGUGUGCAUUGCUCUUCUAUUCUCUGUAUAACGUAAAUCCUCUGAGGAUAACCUGCAGCAUGAUCAAAACGUUCAAAUUUAUGGACUAUUUAGAGAAAAUAAAAAGGGCUUAUUCCCUGCCGGCACGGACGCACACCCCUACCUCGCAAAAUCGUGCUAAUUUACGUCGAAGCGUCAGAAACGAGCCUCCACCACAACCGGCGCGCCUGGAUAAGCAUCGUCGCGGUUGGACGUUACACCUGGCUCGUCCCCUAAAGGCAUCCGGAUGCUCAAGCCCGCUCAUACCCCUGCUGAUCGUCGUGCUGAUCCUGCUGGGGGUCGCAGGAGUCGCACUGUACAUCGUCUUCGAGCCCGAGAAGCUCCAGAUUAUUCAGCAGUACCUGAAGUCGUCGACGAGCAGGUUGACGGGGCAGAACGUUACUUCCGGUGAACCGAUCACGCCUACGAACGACGAGUCAAAUCUGACGACUGCGAUGACCGAUACGAUGACGUUAACAUCGAUGACAGACAUAGAAGAAACGUUUGCCGGGGGUAUGUUUGCCAUGAGCGCCCCUAUAAGCGGCAAUCUGUCAUUUCCGGGAAGCACUUCGCCGUCAAACGAAGGCUUGGAAACGGAAGCUGCGAGUCAGAACGUUAUUAAUGCGACGAGAUAUUGCGAUGAUUGCUUCGAGGGCGAGUUGUGCGUUGCCAUCUUCGGCGAAAUGGUGCCGAUAUGUAGGAAAAUCCGUGACCACAGCGAUCCCACCGGAUGCGGUGGUUUUUGCAUCUUGAAUAGGCAGAAAUGCCAUCGUCUCGACAUGGACGCAUUCAGAUGCGAAAGGGUCGAACGCUUCUUCUGUUUGGAGAACGAAUGGACUUGCUCCAACACGUUGUGCAUCCCCUUGGAUAAGCGUUGCGACGGGCAUAUGAAUUGCUAUGAUCAUUCGGACGAGUAUGAUUGCGUUUGCAAUCUGGAGACGCAUUUUCAGUGUGGUAACAAGACUUCCUGCCUUCCGUUGGAGAGGAGAUGCGACAGAAAGAUAGAUUGCUGGGACGCAACUGACGAGAUUAAUUGCACGUUAGGUCAUGAUCUUGGUUGGUUUUGCUCAUUGGAAGCCGAAUUUACUUGUAUCAAUGGGGAAUGUAUACAGAGAGAUCGGUUUUGUGAUGGGUUGGCAGACUGUAGCGAUGGAACAGAUGAACCUCAUGGAUGCCAAGGGCGAUGCAAUAAACAUGAAUUUACAUGCCAAAAUAGUAGAUGUAUUGCGAAAAGAAUGAAGUGCAAUGGGUUUGACGAUUGCGGAGAUGGCUCGGAUGAGAUACACUGCAAAGACCGGUUUAUUUAGUAUUUACACAUGAAGGAAAACAUUGCCAAUCAGAGAGAGAUCAAAUGCAGUAUUUUAUACAAAUAAAUGUACGUAAUGUAUAUAGCGUGUUGUAUAGAGAAAUAUGAGACAAAAAUAUAUAUAUUAAAUCGGUUUA